GAGAGAGAGAGAGAGAGAGACACACACACACACACACACACGGACCAGGGUCACACUCAUUUUCGCUCUAUAAUUCUCUGUUGAGACCCCCAUUGCGCGUGCUCGGAGCGCGUCAUGGUGAGUGUGUGUGUUGAGUAUGAACUAACAGUGUGCGAGCGAUGCGGCGCGCGUGACGAGUCAGGGGCAAAUAACAACUCUUUGGGUUGCUGUUCUGCUUGCGCGAAGUCCAGAAUGAACGGAUACGCAGCGCCGACGUACCCCUCGGGGAGCUUCACUAACCCCCAGCUGAAUGGCCUUCGCUCGCAGUCCCCAGAACACCAAGCACACAACGACAACAAAUCCAGUGCGAAGGCUCUCUAUGAGCAGAGAAAGAGCUACAGUAGGAACAGUAUGAACAGCAGUAUGAUGGACACCUCGCAGUACCUGGUGGAGCACCUCACCACCUUCGUCAUGGACCGCAAGGACGCGAUGCUCACCAUCGACGACGGCAUCCGCAAGCUCCGCCUCCUGGACGCUAAAGGAAAGGUGUGGACGCAGGAGAUGCUGCUGCAGGUGGACGACAAGGCGGUGAGUCUCAUCGACGCCGACACCAAGAAUGAGUUGGAGAACUUCCCCCUGAGCACGGUGCAGCACUGCCAGGCGAUCAUGAACUCCUGUAACUACGACUCCGUCCUGGCCCUGGUGUGUAAAGAGUCCGGACAGAGCAAACCGGACCUGCAUCUCUUCCAGUGUGACGACAUCAAGGCAAAUUUGAUCCAAGCGGAUGUCGAGAGCGCCAUCAACGAUCACAAGGGAGGGAAGUCCAAAAAGCGUCCGGAGGUUCUCAAAAUGAUCCAGAAGAGCGAUGGAACUAUUCCACCUCCUCCUGGUGGCCCCGCCCCUGUUCCUCCAGCAGCGUCCAAUCAGGUGUCCGUGAACAGCAGAGUGGCUGCUUGGUCAAACUCGGCCAGCGAUCAUCACGACUAUGAUGCCCAAAGGCCAUAUGGGGAACAGGAGAACUCUCCGGAGAUGACUGCAGCGCGAAUAGACAGAGACGUGCAAAUCCUGAACCACAUCCUGGACGACAUCGAGCACUUUGUCACCAAACUCCAGAAAGCUGCAGAGGCUUUUAAUGAACUUUCCAAGAGGAAGAAAUCCAAAAAGAGUAAAAAGAAGGGACCAGGAGAGGGAGUGCUGACGCUCCGAGCGAAGCCGCCGGGACAGGAUGAGUUUGUUGACUGCUUUCAGAAAUUUAAACAUGCCUUCAACUUGCUGGCAAAGUUGAAGACUCACAUUCAGAACCCCAGUGCAGUGGAUUUGGUCCAUUUCCUGUUCAAUCCCCUCAAAAUGGUGGUUCAUACGUCAGGAGGAGUGGAUCUCGCCAAGAGCGUGGUGGUUCCUCUGCUCACCAGAGACGCUAUUGAGUUCCUUCACUCUGCGGGCACUGCCGAAGAGCGCCAUCUGUGGGUCACACUGGGAGACGGCUGGACAAAAUGCAGGCUGGAGUGGCCUAAGGAUCAUUUCUUCCCCCCUCACACCCUGCGAUUCCGGGACGGCUGGGAGCCUCCGCUGCUGUUGAGCCGAGAGCAGGGCCUGACUCAGCUGGCUGAGAGCCUGGUUCACGCUGACCUUCACAGACUGGAGCAGCAGUCCAGUGUGCAGGAGUUCUCCUCAGCAGACGGGUACGGCUUCACCACCUCCACCUCCUCCACCACCACCACCACUGGCUACGAGCACAUGCACCUCCUGGACUCGCACGCGGCUCUGGCUGCGCUUAAACAGGCAUUUAGCCACCACGUAGAUCGAAGCUCAGAAGGCCACAGCAGAAAUCAGCCAAGAUGUUUUGCCAAAUCGAAAUACGACUUUGUGGCCAGGAACAGCACGGAGCUUUCUGUGGUGAAGGACGAGAUGGUGGAGGUUUUGGAUGACAGGAAACAGUGGUGGAAGGUUCGAAACGUGAGCGGAGUCUCGGGGUACGUGCCAAACAACAUCCUGGAGAUCACCAAGGCCGUGGACGUGAGCGGACGCGGCGAGCCCAUUUACAGCCACACCAUUCAGAAGCAGCAAACGGACCACACGGCCAAACCCGGGAUCCCGUCCAUCCCUCCGGCUCCGACUCCGCCUCCUCCGGCUCCCGCCCCGGCGCUUCCGACGUACCCUCUGCCCCACAGCGCCCCCACAGAGCAUCACGGGAAGUCGCCGUCCAACGUGAGCCGGCAGAGCAGCAGCACGUCGAGUGACAACGGCAGCAUCACGCUGAGAGAGCAGAGGGAGCACAGCGUGACGCCCGCCAACCGCCGCAAGUCCAACAUGGAGGAGGUCCAGGACGAGCUAGUGCACAGGCUGACCCUCGGACGCAGCGCCCAGAAAAAGUUCCAGGCUCCACGCAGCAGCAGCAGCAGCAGCGGUGCUCCUCAAACCGCCAACAUCACCUACGACUCCAUGCCCGAGGAGGUCCGAGCCUGGCUCGAGCUCAAAGGCUUCAGCGCCGUGACCGUGAACAGUCUCGGAGUGCUGACCGGAGCACAGCUGUUUUCCCUCAACAAAGACGAGCUGAAGACGGUGUGUCCAGACGACGGCGCUCGAGUCUACAGUCAGGUGACCGUACAGAAGGCCGCCCUCGAGAGGAGCUCAGGCUCUGAGCUUCAGGAGAUCAUGAGGAGGCGACAGGAGAAACUCGCAGUAACAGCAGCCAGUGAUUCAGGGGUCGAGUCUUUUGACGAGGGGAGCAGCCACUGACCCGUCCUUCUUCAUCUCCCUCUUUCAUCCUCCCCUUGUUCAUCCUCCCCUCCUUCAUCCCCUUCUUCAUCCCCCCCUUCUUUACCCUAACCCCUUUUUCAUCCCCCCUUCUACAUCCCCUCCUUCAUUC